AUGAGCAUCUAUAAUAUUGAUGAAUUACCAACCUCUGCAAAGACUGGCACUAAUACUGGAAAAGAUGCUUUAAGUUCAAAAAUCAUGCUUAUGGGUACUUGUAUAAAACCCAUACUCAGCAUUAAAGUAAGUUCAAGCAUCCCUACACCGGGUAUAUACAUGCUCUCAAGUAUAAUUAUCGACUCAUCACUACAACAUCCGGAUCCUUCACAUCGACAUGAACUAAAUACAAAUGCUGCAACUAAUCGUGUGUUCGGGAAGGUCUCGAAUAAUACUGAUUACGGAACAAGGCAAACAUUCUAA